AUGCACGUUCUAUUUGUGCCACAUAUAUUUGAAUUGUGUGCAGCAACGAUUAUUAUGUUAGCAUUACUGAUUUGGCCAGUAUAUAUUUGCCGAGAAUUAACAGAUACUGAAUUAGAGGAAGCUUACAUUAGCGAUGAACAAUGUGCGCUAGAAUUACACAAAAAUUUGAAAUUGAUGAAAAAUGAUACAGUCGUCGAGAUUUUACAGCAGUUUGAUGAUCUUACAGAAAAAAACAUCACCUGGCUAAAUAUUCAGAAUGAAUACUAUUAUCAGAGGCAUAGUGUUAACAGCAUUUGUGCAUUACUCGGAUUACGUGAACGAUUCGGCAUUGCAAAUAGUCAUCUUGGAUCCGCACAUUUGUUAAUACCAAUAGCCGGUGCAACAAUAACUGUAUUUUUACUGUUGACACAAAUCACUGAACUUAUAUCAGACAAAGAUGAAUCAUCAUCGAUAGGAAUUAAAGUUUUGUGUGGACUUAUUUGUUGGCUCAUCAUUUCCAUUCCAUUAACUAUUAUUGAUUAUAAUUGGAAUGGUACGAAUGAAAUAUUGCGCAAUUUGGGUGCACCCUUUCCGCUUGAAUGGAAAAUUUGCAAAUAUGUUUCAUGGUUUUGGGCUUGCAUCAAAGCAAUCGAAUUAUUUUCAGCUAAUUGCUAUAAAAAUAUUGUAAUUAAGUUUGAUAAGCCGCUUACUUUAACGGUUGUGGACUUACCAAAUGAUUAUACGCUAAUCGAUGAGAAUGAUCCACCAUAUCCAAAUGAAUACGAUACGAUGGACAGUAGUAUUGAUGAAUAG